AUGGGUGAUGGAAACCCCAAGGAGAGCAGUCCGUUCAUCAACAGCACCGGCAGCAGUGACGUGGAGAAGAGCCAGCAGUACGAUGGAAAAAACAUGGCCCUGUUUGAGGAGGAGAUGGACACGGUUCCCAUGGUGUCGUCUCUGCUCAGCAGCCUGGCCAACUACUCCAACCUGACCCAGGGCAGCAAGGAGCACGAGGAGGCCGAGAACAAUGAGGAGCCCCGCAAGAAACCAGCCAGUCAGGCUCCUUCGCUGGGGACGGUGAUGGGAGUGUACUUCCCAUGCAUGCAGAACAUCCUGGGGGUCAUCCUCUUCCUCAGGAUGACCUGGCUGGUGGGCAUCGGAGGAGUCCUUGGCACCUUCAUCAUUGUUUUCAUGUGCUGCUCAACGACCAUGUUAACAGCAAUCUCAAUGAGUGCUAUUGCCACAAAUGGAGUCGUGCCGGCUGGAGGUUCCUACUACAUGAUCUCGCGUUCGCUGGGACCUGAGUUCGGCGGUGCCGUGGGGAUCUGUUUCUACCUGGGCACCACCUUCGCCGGAGCCAUGUACAUCCUGGGCUGCAUCGAGAUCCUGCUGAUCUACAUCGUGCCAGCGGCGGCCAUCUUUAAGAUGGAGGGUCUGGAGGGUCCGGAGGCGGAGGCGGCGCUUCUGAACAACAUGCGUGUGUACGGCACCAUCGUGUUGUCCCUCAUGUCCCUGGUGGUGUUCGUCGGCGUCAAAUAUGUCAACAAGCUGGCACUCGUCUUCCUGGCCUGCGUCAUCUUCUCCAUCCUCGCCGUCUACGCGGGCGUCAUCAAGUCCUCUGUUGACCCUCCGUUCUUCCCAGUGUGUAUGCUGGGCAACCGGUCUCUGCUGUCCAAAGGCUAUGAUGUGUGUGCCAAGACCAUCGAACAGGCCAAUGGCACGGUCACCACCAAGCUCUGGAAGAUCUUCUGUGACUCAGAGUUCCUGAAUGCCACCUGUGACGAGUACUUCACCAACAACAACGUCUCCAUCAUCCAGGGCAUCCCCGGGGUCACAAGUGGAAUCCUUGCAGAGAAUCUGUUCGGUAAUUACCUGGAGAAGGGUGACCUCGUGGAAAAGCGCGGCCUUCCCUCCUAUACGGACCCCGACUCUCCGCUGACCAACCUGAACCGUUUCGUACAGGCCGACAUCAACACCUUCUGGACCCUGCUGGUCGGCAUCUACUUCCCCUCCGUCACAGGCAUCAUGGCCGGCUCCAACCGCUCUGGUGACCUGAAGGAUGCUCAGAAGUCCAUCCCCAUCGGCACCAUCCUGGCCAUCACCACCACCUCCUUCAUCUACAUCUCCUGUGUGAUUCUGUUUGGAGCCUGUGUGGAGGGCGUUGUGCUCAGAGACAAGUUUGGAGAAGGGGUGGAGGGGAACCUUGUGAUUGGCACGUUAGCCUGGCCAUCCCCAUGGGUAAUCGUGAUUGGCUCCUUCUUCUCCACCUGUGGGGCGGGGCUUCAGAGUCUCACAGGAGCGCCGCGCCUAAUGCAGGCCAUAGCCCGAGAUGGCAUCAUACCCUUCCUCAGGGUGUUCGGCCACGGCAAGGCUAACGGCGAGCCCACCUGGGCCUUGCUCCUCACCGCCGGCAUCUGCGAGAUCGGCAUCAUCAUUGCCUCUCUGGAUGCCGUGGCGCCCAUCCUCUCCAUGUUCUUCCUGAUGUGCUACAUGUUUGUGAACCUGGCCUGUGCUCUGCAGACCCUCCUGAGGACACCAAACUGGAGGCCUCGCUUCAAGUUCUAUCACUGGGCCCUGUCCUUCCUCGGCAUGAGUUUGUGUCUGACACUUAUGUUCCUCUGCUCUUGGUACUAUGCCCUAGUUGCCAUGGUAAUUGCUGGAUGCAUCUACAAAUACAUUGAGUUCUGUGGCGCGGAGAAAGAGUGGGGUGAUGGGAUACGCGGUAUCUCCCUCAGUGCCGCCCGAUUCGCCCUGAUGCGCCUGGAGGAGGGGGCUCCACACACCAAGAACUGGAGGCCGCAGAUCCUGGUGCUGGUCGGCGUUGAUGCGGAGCAGAAUGUGGAGCAGCCACGUCUGCUCUCGCUGACCAACCAGCUGAAGGCCGGAAAAGGUCUGACCAUGGUGGGCACGUCGGUGGAGGGCACCUACCUGAACAACCACACCCAGGCUCAGAAGGCCGAGCAGUCCUUGAAGAAGUUGAUGGAGAGUGAGCGGCUGAAGGGAUUCCAACAGGUGGUGAUCUCCUCCAACCUGCGCGACGCCACGUCCCACCUGAUCCAGGCUAGCGGGCUGGGCGGUCUCCGCCACAACACCGUGCUGGUCAGCUGGCCACGCAACUGGAAGCAGGCCGAGGAGCACCACCGCAUGAAGAACUUCAUCGAGAUUGUCAGGGAGACUACCGCAGGUCACUUGGCCCUUUUGGUUCCUAAGAAUAUCUCGGCGUACCCAUCCAACGGAGAACGCUUCACAGAGGGACACAUCGAUGUGUGGUGGAUCGUGCAUGAUGGAGGCAUGCUGAUGCUGCUGCCAUUCCUUCUCCGGCAACACAAGGUGUGGAGGAAGUGUAAGAUGCGCAUCUUCACCGUGGCCCAGAUGGACGACAACAGCAUCCAGAUGAAGAAGGAUCUCAUGACCUUCCUGUACCACCUCCGUCUUGACGCCGAAGUGGAGGUGGUGGAGCUGCAAGACAGUGAUAUCGCGGCCUACACCUAUGAGAAGACCCUGGUGAUGGAGCAGAGGUCGCAGAUCCUCAAGGAGAUGCACCUCACCAAGAAUGAGCGUGAAAGAGAGAUCCAGAGCAUCACAGACGUGUCGCGUGGCUCGAUCCGUCGGAAGCACCCCACCACCCUGAGGACCCAGCAGAGCACAGGCGACGAGUCGGCCGCCGCCAGUGCUGAGGGAAAGCCAGAGGAGGAGGUGCAGCUCCUCCAGGGUAAGAACGCCACCCCCACCCCCACGUCCCCCACCUCCCCUACCGUGCCCACUCCGGGGUGCACCACCCCUGGGGAGGAGGUGCAGAUGACCUGGACAGAUGAUGGGGACAAGGGCAAGAAUCCAGCCGUGGCCCAUGCAGACAACAUCAAGGAUAUGUUCAACAUGAAACCUGAGUGGGAGACCCUGAACCAGACCAAUGUGCGACGCAUGCACCACGCACAGAAGCUCAACGAGGUCAUUGUGAAGAAGUCCCAGGAGGCUAAGCUUGUUCUCUUGAACAUGCCUGGACCUCCAAAGAACCGUAUGGGAGAUGAGAACUAUAUGGAAUUCCUGGAGGUUCUGACCGAGGGUCUCAAUCGGGUCCUCCUGGUGCGUGGCGGUGGACGUGAAGUCAUCACCAUCUACUCCUGAGAGGCUGGUCGUGUUUUCUCAAGCCGUCCCCCCUCCCCCACCACUACCACCUCCACCUCCACCUCCUCGCAGUCCUCAUCUCUGCAGUGGACUUUACCCAAGUCAGCUCCGCGUCCAGACCCAGCUCCUGUAAUAUAAAGACCUGGUCACGUCCCACCAUGAGCAAUACUCUAUCCACAUAUCAAAUCAUGUUGCACUACAUUGUCAGGUAACCUCCUAAUCACACACCUGCUCAACGUGUACCUGCACUCCUCUGGCACUGUAACCAGUGUACUGUAACCCCCCCUCAAGUGUAACACCCCACCCGCCCCGUCUCUCUACGGAUCUCUUACUUUUUAAAGAAAACAAAAGAGCUGUAAUCUCUGCUUUUGUUAUUCUCCUAGUGGUCAGAAUGAUCAACAUUUUCGUGUUAGCUUGGUGUUUCUGUUCCCUCAGUACAUGGGUAGUUUGGCUGAGAGGCUUUUUCCUUGUUUCAUCCUCAUCCACUGGGGAUGCACUGGAUCCCAAAGACUGAUCGAACCUAACCAAACACUUCUCUUUCUCUCUCUCUCUCUCUCUUGCUCUCUGUGUCCUCUGCAGAGCAACUCAAUAGCUUUUCACUGCUGAUGUGUACUAUUAGGCUUUACGUGAACAUUUCUUGUAUUUUUAU